AUGCCGCAUUGCCAUACGUGUCAAGAUAAUUGCUACGGCCCUGAGCUACUCUCAUAUCAAGGAAAGGCUUAUCAUAAGCGAUGCUUCAAGUGCACCGCAUGCAGUAAGACGUUAACUAUAUCCAAUGUUCGUGGUUUUAAUAAAUUACCUUAUUGUUACCAGCAUUCACCCGACAUGAAAGCAUCCCCUGUAAUCCUACAAAAUGACGAUAGCUAUGAUUAUGGAAUUCAAGAAGUCGAUUCGGGAGCCAUUAGUGUUAAUCAUAAUUUGGUAAGCUCUGUUCUUGAGGGUGAUGUAUUCUUCAAGCAAUGGGCUCUUGAUAAUCAGCUGGAAAGUUGUGUGCGUAUUCGAAGUACUUUAGUAGACCUAAGGAAUAAUGUGAGACAACAUUCUGAUGAGGAGAAUUCUCCGAUAUCAACUUUUUAUGAUAUUGGAAUCGAUGUCGUUGACGCCAAUGAAGGCAUAAUUGAAACAAUGAAACAUGGUGCUCAAUUACAAAGAACUAUUAGCGAUAAGCAACUCUAUCGCCUUGAAGCAUAUGUUUUGAGAGUGAUUUUAAGUCUUACAUUGACAAGUAUUUUCAAAUACUUUAGUGGAAAACUGAAUCCUGAAGAACAGAGUCAACUGGCUGGCAAUAUGAAUGGAAUGUGUAAUGGAUUGGCUAAGACGCAUGUUGCUUUGAAAAAAGCUGCUCACAGAGUGUUUAGUAGUAUCGGCGAAAACAUGAAAAAGGACGCUACUUUGAACAGUGAUUCUAUUGCUGCACAAUCUUUACACGAACUUCAAUGCAGUAAUAGUACUCUUCAAAGUCUUCCAAUCACGCCAACUGCAAUACCAAGUGUUAUAAAUACGCUCGUAUCGAUGAACUCACAAUUGUCUACAAUUGAAAGUCGAAUCGAUAGCUACGAGCAAAAUUCAUCCACACGUCAAGAUGUACCCUCUCAUAAUCCACCAACCGAUGGUUCCUCUCCAUCUGAGGAUGGCAUUCGACAUGAUAAUAGUGGGCCAUCGUCUUAUACAUCCUCUGAAAGCACUAAAAGGCAGAUUCGGUGGUAUAGAAACACUAUACAAAUAUUCAUUAAAUUGAUAAAAACUAUGCAAGCAAUUUUUCGUAGGCAAUGA